AUAGAGCUAUAACCCUCAUAUUCCAACCCCAAACCUAAUUCAUUUUUAAUUUCAUAGUCGACUCUUGUUCUGUCUCUAUCUCCUUAUAUUAGUUCUCAAUUAUGCUCUCCCAACAAAGAGAAGUGGAACAAAAAGUUUUACUCCAAUAUUAAUGGCUUCGAACCAGAAUAGCUUCAACAAAAGCAUAACACAUGCCAAUACCACAACCAUAUUCACUCAGGUCCGCCGCAAAAUAUCAUUUCGGAAGAAAAAAUUGACGACGGUGCGGCUGGGAGGAGGAAAGAAGCACCGGCGAAGUAUUUCUCUAGUGAAGAUUUUCCGGCGAGUCCGACUGAAAUGGCUGAAGUUGCACUACUUACGUAUGCUGAAGAAGAUUAAGGAAUAUUAUGGGUCUUUGGUGAAAGACAUAAAGGAAGGUAACGAAGCAAUUGAUGCCUUUCAGCGACGGCUCUUAUUUGAAACUUCGUUUGCUAUUCCGGUGAUGGGUCUUUCCUUCAAUACUUUUCCCAACCACCAUAUAUAGAACGUGUAAUUAUCAGCCAUUAAUGUUUGCAUCUUUUUUUCAAAUUCUAUGUGAAAGGCGAAAUACUUCGUACACACAUAUGAAAUAAUCUUAUCGUUAUGUACAUGUUUUAGUUCAUUUGAAAUAUUGUUAUCGUUGAAAUUAAGAUGUGCAAGGUAGCAAAUAAUACAAAUUCCUUUUUACUUUGCUUAA